UAUUAACCCCAAAAACAUUCAUGAACGCACAAUUAUAAUAUUCACCAAAGAUUUACGCCAUCUGGGCAUCUUUCGCAAUCAAUUUUCAAUGUACUAGGAUUAGAGAUACUAUUUGUGAUCUCGCGUAUAAUUUAGGACCAUUUUGGAGUGUGCCUAUAUAAAUCCAAAUAACUGAGUAACAGACUGCAACUUACUAAGUUGAUCAUGUGGUGUUACGCACGUCUGCUGCGCUCUCUUGCCUUGCCUUGGUGAUAAGAGCAUCUGAUUGACGAGACUAUUGCAUCGGACGCUGGCUUCAGUUAAGGUGAACGUCAAACCUCACAGCAUCGACUGACAUUUGUCUGGACUUAAUUUUGAUCCAUCAGUAGGCUGUCAUGAUUGACUCGUGCACAGGUGUUGAGUCACUCUGUCCUGCUGAACUGUGACCGAAUCUAAUGCGCUGAGUAUGUGUGCUCGCAAAGAGUCUUUUAGUGACUCAUUUUGGUUCAUUUUGGAACUGGACUACCAGACACCCGGGACGUGAUGAUGAUGAUGAUGAUUAUGCCGCGGAUGCAUUCAGAGAUUCAGAUCCUCACAACUUCUUUAUUCAUAAUGCGCAAUGUAACUUUAUCAGCGAGAUGUAACCCAGAAUAAACGGCCAGCUUUGAAUGAAUGCUCCGUCUUUUUCAAACGAGGAACUCGAGGAUCAAACAAACACAUUUUUAAACCUGAGGAUUCUUCUUUUAUCCUGUUCAACAGACACUCUCGUACUCCUCGCAAGGAUGCCCGAUGUCCUUGCUCUUUACAUUGGCAUGGAGGUGCUCAUUGCCCUUACUUCUGUUAUUGGGAAUGUGAUGGUGGUCUGGGCUGUGAGAAUUAACCGAUCUUUACGGGACACGACCAUUUACUUCAUCGUCAGUCUGGCGCUGGCGGACAUUGCGAUCGGAGCACUUGUUAUCCCUCUGGCUAUAACCAUAAGCAUCGGAUUGAAAACUCAUUUUUACAGCUGUCUGCUUGUGGCAUGUACUGUACUGGUACUAACUCAAAGUUCAAUACUUGCUCUCCUGGCUAUUGCUAUUGAUCGUUAUCUGAGAGUCAAGAUACCAAUGAGCUAUAAAAGAGUGGUGACUCCAAAGCGUGCAGGCACAGCUGUUGUGGUGUGCUGGAUGGUGGCCAUCGUAGUCGGCCUGACGCCCAUGUUGGGCUGGAACAAUCUGGAGAAGCUACGGCAGACCAACGGCACUCUGGGAGCUGACCUUCUUGUAACCUGUGAGUUUGAGAAUGUCAUCAGUAUGGAGUAUAUGGUCUACUUCAACUUCUUCGGCUGGGUGCUGCCACCUCUCAUUCUCAUGUUGCUCAUCUACGCUGAGAUAUUCUACAUGAUCCACAAGCAGCUUAAUAAGAAAGUCACUGCCAACCAGACCGACCCUACCCGAUAUUACGGAAAAGAACUAAAGCUGGCCAAAUCUCUUGCACUGGUGCUCUUUUUGUUCGCUGUUAGCUGGUUGCCUUUGCAUAUCCUGAAUUGCAUCACUCUCUUCUGCCCUAAUUGUGACAAUUCCACGUACCUGCUCUAUAUUGCUAUCUUACUCAGUCAUGGCAACUCUGCCGUCAAUCCCAUUGUUUAUGCAUUUCGCAUUACAAAAUUCCGGAAUGCUUUCGUUAAGAUCUGGAAACAGUAUGUGUGCUGCACAGAGGUUACGCGUUUGGAUGAUCGGCCCAGCCUUCGUAGAGAUAGCAAAGAGAGAAGACUGCGGCACAACGACAUUUGACUAAACACUAAACAGGGUUUCUAGAUGAGAACUUUUUAAAUCUAUCAUUUUAGAUGAACUCUUCAAGGGAAAUGCAGUCUGAAAAGUAAUCUGGCAGUUGUCAGAACUCAGAAGGCAUAUGCUACAGAAAUGGAGAAAAGUGGACGUGACAUUAGUGGAAGUGUUUCUUUGAAAAAUUCAGUUUUCCAAUCAAUGGUGCACAGAAUAAAUGGCAUCAUUAGUGAGAGACCAUUAAAUAAAUGAAAGUGGCCUCUUUCAGAGAAAUAGCCACAUGGACCAAUUGGCACUCACAUCUGUGGACAAAUAUUUAUCAUGUUCAUUGUGCUCUGACUCACACAUUUUAAUAUGGCUACCAUAAAACGGCUUCAUGUAUUGACAGCAAAAGUUCACACAAAGUUUCAAAGCUGGCUCGGGAUGACAACCAACUUCACCACUCUUUUGCUAAGUCAGUUGCAUAGCAGUGUCUGCUCAUAGACUGGGAACCUUAAAAAAAGGACAAUGCAUAGUUUUUUUUUUUUUGCUUUUCAAGACUGGUGCAAGUCCUCAGUUUUCAGAGAGGGAAGUAGACCCAUGUUACCUUAAGCAGAACUGAUCUUAUUGGUCCAGAUUCAGCAACAUGACAGGGAUACUUCGUUGUGCUAGAAAUGUUUUUGUUCUAAAUGAAAAGGUCCAAUGUUGUUACAAGUGUAACAAAAAUGACUGGAGUGUUACAUUGUAAUAUUUGUUUUUGUGAGAAUUUUAAAAUAUUUUCAUGGGGUAUUAGAAGUGCAGCCUCGGAUCUCACUGCAUAAUGCUGAAAUGAAACAAAAAUGUAGAUGGAUCUCUACACACUUAAUAUUUAGCGAGCCUGAGAAAAGCUGUGCACCGAUAGACAGGAAGGAACCAUGAAUAAAUCUAGAUUGAAUGAUACUGCCUGAGGUCUGAUGUGCUUUUCUGCUUAAUAUUUAAGUGCAUUGUUAUCAUAAAUGAUGCAUAACCUGUGAGCGUAAUCA